AUGCGGGUGGCCAAGUGGCUGGCGGGGCUGCUCUACCACGUCUCGCUCUUCAUCACCAGGUCUUGGGAAGUUCACUUCCACCCCAGGCAAGAAGCCCUGGUGAGGACACUGGCCUCCUACGAAGUAGUGAUCCCUCAGCGGGUCAAUGAGUUUGGAGAAGUGUUCCCUCAGAGCCACCACUUCAGCCGGAAGAAACGCAGCUCCGAGGCGCUGGAACCCACGCCGUUCAGGACCCACUAUCGCCUCACUGCCUACGGCCACCUCUUCCAGCUGAACCUGACCGCAGAUGCAUCCUUUCUGGCCGCCGGCUACACCGAGGUGCACUUGGGAGCCCCAGAGCGCGGGGCCUGGGAGAGCGGCGCAGGGUCCUCAGACCUGCGCCAUUGCUUCUACAGCGGCCAGGUCAACUUUCAGGAGGAUCUCAAGGCCGUCGUCAGCUUAUGCGGAGGCCUGACGGGAACAUUUAAAGCACAUGAUGGUGAAUAUUUCUUAGAACCUAUAAUGAAGGCAGAUGGGAGUGAAGAUGAAGAUAGUUACAACAAGCCACAUCUUAUAUACAGACAAGAAUUAAAUAACUCUAUUCUGGAGUCUCUCAAGCAUUGCGAUGUGUCAGAAAGUCAAAUAAAGGAAACCAGUUUACCCUUUCAUACCUACAGCAACAUGAAUGAAGACCUUAAUAUAUUGAAAGAAAGAGUUUUAGGACACUCAUCAAAAAACGUACCAUUGAAAAAUAAAAGAAGUCAAUUACAUUCCAGGAAAAAACGUCUUAUAUCACAUCCAAGAUACGUUGAAAUUAUGGUUACAGCUGAUGCUAAAGUGGUUUCUGCUCAUGAAAAGAAUUUGCAAAACUAUAUACUGACUCUAAUGUCAAUUGUUGCAACAAUCUACAAGGAUCCAAGUAUUGGAAAUUUUAUACACAUAGCAGUGGUUAAAUUAGUUAUUAUUCACCAUCAGCAGGAAGGACCAGUCAUUACUUAUGAUGGUGGUGCCACGUUAAGCAAAUUUUGUUCAUGGCAAAAAACUCAGAAUGUCUUCGGUGAUUUUCACCCUUCCCACCAUGACACUGCUGUUCUUAUCACUAGGGAAGACAUUUGUUCAUCUAAAGAGAACUGUAACAUACUAGGUUUAUCAUACUUAGGUACCAUGUGUGAUGCUUCACAAAGCUGCUUAAUUAAUGAAGAAAAGGGACUCAUUUCUGCUUUUACUAUAGCCCAUGAACUUGGGCACACACUUGGUAUUCAACAUGACGAUAGUCCUAGAUGUCAAGAAAUGAAAAUUAGACAGUAUCAUGUAAUGGCCCCUGCUUUAAGUUUCCACAUGAGUCCUUGGACAUGGUCAAAAUGUAGUCAAAAAUAUAUUACCGAAUUCCUAGAUUCUGGUAAUGCAGAAUGUCUUCGUGACAAACCAAAUGAAGAAAUAUAUAAUCUGCCUUCAGAACUUCCUGGGUCACAAUAUGAUGGAAACAAGCAGUGUGAACUUACAUUUGGUCCUGGGUCAAAAGUGUGUCCUAAGACGAAUACAUGCAGGCAUCUGUGGUGCACAAGUGCAGAACGAGUUGACAAGAGCUGUUUAACUCAACGUGUGCCACCAGCGGAUGGAACAGAAUGUGGUCCUGGGAUGCAUUGCCUCCGUGGGCUAUGUGUAAACAAAGAAAUGGAAACACAUCCUGUAAACGGUGAAUGGGGACCAUGGGAACCUUACAGUUCUUGUUCAAGAACAUGUGGAGGUGGAAUCGAAAGCACAACCAGGCACUGUAACCGUCCUGAGCCAAGAAAUGGAGGAAAUUACUGUGUGGGCCGCAGGAUGAAAUUUCGAUCAUGUAAUACUGAUUCAUGUCCAAAUGGCACACAAGACUUUCGAGAGAAGCAAUGCUCUGAUUUUAAUGGUAAACAUGUGAACAUCAAUGGUCUUCCCCGUAAUGUAAGGUGGCUUCCAAAAUACAGUGGCAUUGGUGCAAGAGAUCGUUGUAAACUCUAUUGUGAGGUUGCUGGAACCAGUGAUUUCUACCUAUUGAAGGCUAUGGUUGAAGAUGGUACUCCUUGUGGAACUGAAACUCAUGACAUCUGUGUUCAAGGCGUGUGUAUGGCAGCUGGCUGUGAUCACGUGUUAAACUCCAGUGCCAAGAUAGACAAAUGUGGAGUGUGUGGUGGGGAUAACUCUUCAUGCAAGACAAUAACAGGUGUCUUCAACAGUUCUCACUAUGGUUAUAACGUUGUUGUAAAGAUUCCCGCAGGAGCAACAAACAUUGACAUUCGUCAGUACAGCUAUUCUGGACAACCAGAUGACACUUACCUUGCAUUAUCUGACGCUGAAGGGAAUUUUAUUUUAAAUGGAAAUUUUGUUCUAAGUAGAUCAAGAAAAGAAGUCAAUGUGCAAGGAACAAGAACUGUUAUUGAAUACAGUGGAUCAGACAACUCAGUUGAAAGAAUUAAUAGUACUAAUCGACAAGAGAAAGAACUUAUUUUGCAGGUGUUGUGUGUGGGUAAUUUAUACAACCCUGAUGUACGUUACUCCUUCAAUAUCCCUUUGGAAGAGAGGAGCGACAGGUUCACAUGGGACCCCUAUGGACCAUGGGAAGACUGUACCAAAAUGUGUCAAGGUUUUCAGAGAAGAAAAAUAACUUGCAUACAUAAGAGUGAUCAUAGUGUUGUGUCUGAUCAAAAAUGUGACCACUUGCCUCUUCCAUCGUUAGUUACUGAAAGUUGCAAUACAGACUGUGAACUAAGGUGGCAUGUUAUUGGCAAAAGUAAAUGUUCAUCCCAAUGUGGUCAAGGAUAUAGAAUUUUGGACAUCCGUUGCAUAAAGUAUUCCAUUCAUAAAGGACAGACUAUUGCAGUUGAUGACCACUACUGUGGUGACCAACUUAAACCUCCUACCCAAGAACUAUGCCAUGGUAACUGUGUCUUCAUAAGAUGGCAUUAUUCAGAAUGGUCUCAGUGUUCCAGGAGUUGUGGAGGAGGGGAAAGGUCUCGAGAAUCUUAUUGUAUGGAUGACUUUGGCCAUCAUCUUCCUGACAAUGAAUGCCAAGAACUGUCCCGAGUGACGAAAGAGAAUUGCAAUGAAUUUUCCUGUCCCAGUUGGGCUACUAGUAAAUGGAGUGAGUGCCUUGUCACAUGUGGUAAAGGAAUAAAGCAGCGGCAGGUAUGGUGUCAGCUGAAUGAAGAUCAUUUGAGUGAUGGCUUCUGUAAUUCAAAUAACAAACCUGAAUCUCUGAGUCCAUGUGAACUCCAUACAUGUGCUUCCUGGCAAGUAGGACCAUGGGGUCCUUGCACAACCACAUGUGGACAUGGGUAUCAGAUGCGAGAUGUUAAAUGUGUCAGUGAGCUAGUUACUGCAGUGUUAGAGGACACAGAAUGCCAUGAAGCUAGUCGUCCCAGUGACAGACAGAACUGUGUACUUACAUCUUGCCCAUUUAUUUCUAAACUUGAGACCAGUUUAUCACCAACUGUUCUCAUAGAGAAGAUGGCAAAAUGGCGACAUGGUUCUUGGACCCCAUGCUCCGUAUCUUGUGGAAGAGGUACUCAAGCCCGCUAUGUAAGCUGUCGUGAUGCUCUUGAUAGAAUAGCAGAUGAAUCAUAUUGUGCCCACUUACCCCGACCUGCUGAAAUAUGGGACUGUUUUAGCCCUUGUGGAGAGUGGCAAGCAGGGGAUUGGUCACCUUGUUCAGCUUCCUGUGGCCAUGGAAAAAGAACUCGACAAGUUUUAUGCAUCAACUACCAUCAGCCAAUUGAUGAGAUUUACUGUGAUCCUGAAGUUCGCCCUUUGAUGGAACAAAAAUGUAGCCUGGCAGCCUGCCCACCCACAUACAGACACUUUCCUCAUUCCUCUGUGCAGCCAAGCUAUUAUCCAAGCAUGAAUUUACCAUUAACUCACAAACUUGAAGAUGAUGAAAAUCAUGUGGUUUAUCCAUCAGUCAGAGGAAACCAGUGGAGAACUGGACCAUGGGGAUCAUGCUCUAGCAGUUGUUCUGGAGGUCUUCAGCGCAGGGCUGUGGUCUGCCAGGAUGAAAAUGGACAAAGUGCCAGUUACUGCGAUGCAGCCUCCAAGCCUCCAGAGUUAAAGCACUGUGAUCCAGGGCCUUGUCCACAGUGGAACUACAGAAGUUGGAGAGAAUGUACAAAAACAUGUGGAGGAGGAAUAAAAACAAGACUUGUAACAUGUCAAUUUCCCAAUGGCCAAAUACUAGAAGAUCACAACUGUGAAAUCAUAAACAAGCCACCAAGUGUAAUGCAGUGUCAUAUGCAUGCUUGCCCUGCUGAUGUGUCAUGGCAUCAGGAACCAUGGACAUCGUGCUCAGCUUCUUGUGGUAAAGGUAAUAAGUACCGUGAAGUGUUUUGUGUUGACCAGUUCCAAAGGAAACUAGAAGACACAAAUUGCAGUCAUAUACAGAAACCUCCAACUCACAAAGCCUGUAGAUCUGGCAGAUGCCCUUCAUGGAAAGCCAAUAGCUGGAAUGAGUGCUCUGUGACCUGUGGCUCUGGAGUUCAGCAGAGGGAUGUAUACUGCAGACUGAAAGGUGUUGGUCAGGUGGUUGAAGAAAUGUGUGAUCAGUCCACUCGACCUUGUUCUCAGAGGUGAUGUUGGGGUCAGGACUGUGUGCAGUACAAGGGGAUGGAAAGAGAGAGGCUGAAUUGUUUGACAUCAUGUGAGAGAAAAGAUUCCCAUCAACUAAUGGAGUGCAUAGAUACCCAAAUCAGACAAGUGAAUGAAAGAGUCUAUAAUUCUUCAACCAGAUCUCCUACAUCCAAGAAUUGCAGGAACCCUCCUUGCAGUUACAUUGUAUUAACAGGAGACUCAUCACAGUGUGCAAACAACUGUGGAUUGAGUUACAGACAAAGGAUUACAUAUUGCAUCAGGGCCACAUCCACCAAGAAAUAUAAUCUCCAUCGACUUUGGCCUGUAGUCUAUCAAGAAUGCCCUGUGAGGCCUUCCUCUCAGGUUUACAGAUGCACUGAGAGCUGUUUGCAUUUAGCCACUUGGAAAGUUGGAAAAUGGAGCAAGUGCUCAGUGACUUGUGGAAUUGGGAUAAUGAAGAGACAAGUAAAAUGCAUUGCUGAAAAUGGUUUGUCCAGUGACUUAUGUUUAAACCAUUUAAAACCAGGUGCUCAAAAGAAAUGUUAUGCCAAUGACUGUAAAUCAUUUACCACCUGCAAAGAAAUUCAAAUGAAAAACCACAUUACAAAGGAUGGUGACUAUUACCUUAACAUUAUGGGAAGAAUAAUAAAGAUUCACUGUGCAGACAUGCACUUGGAGAGCCCUAAGGAAUAUUUAACACUGAUCCAAGCUGAAGAAAAUUUUUCUGAAGUGUAUGGCUUUAGACUAAAAAAUCCAUAUCAAUGUCCUUUUAAUGGAAGUAGGAGGCAAGACUGUGAAUGUGAUAAUGUACACCUAGCUGCUGGAUACACUGUUUUCAGCAAAAUAAGAAUUGAUCUCACUUCCAUGCAAGUUAAAAUAACUACGGAUCUUCUUUUCUCAAAAACGGUAUUUGGGAAUGCAGUUCCAUUUGCCACAGCGGGAGAUUGCUACUGUGCUGUCAAAUGCCCACAGACAUGUUUUUCAGAAUACACAGCUAAAACGGUCCCCGCUUUAAGUGCUAAAGCGGGGACCGUUUUAGCUGUGUAUUUUGAAAAAGUUGUGUGCUCUUCAAAGAGAAAGCUACUUUUGCUGUGUCUUUGGGUUCGAGGGGAAAUGGGAGUCCUCUUCAGUCAGCAGGGACGACACCUGAGUCCUUUGCAGUCCUCUUGUCUGCCUCUGAGGGUGAAAUGA